UUUGUUCUAUGGUGUGUGGUUAUGGUUGAUUUCGUUUGAGGUGUAUUUUUCUAUUGGUUUGUUUGUUGACGCCGAUUUUAAUUUAUUUAGAGAGUAAGCUUUUUAAUUAUCAGAUUUCAGUGCAUUUAAUUGAAUGUCUAGUUCAUAAAAACAUGUCAAAGUGGGUCGGCUACGCGGUUUCUGUUAACUGUGGUGAACCUUUAGGUUGUUACCAAGGAACUAUAUUAGAAGCAGAUGGAAAUACAAUUACCCUCACCAAGGCUUUUAGAAAUGGUUUUCCUUAUCCUAAAUCUCAAGUUACGCUCAAUGCUGCUGACAUUAAAGAAUUGAAAAUAAUUGAAGUAAAACAUGAACGCGCUGAGCAGACUCAUAGUACUGUAUCUGUAACAAAGAAUAAUAAAAAAUGUCAACGAGCCACUGUCUGUGAAAAUUUGCAAGCAAAUCCUACAAGUUCAGGUAAUCAGACAAAUGUGAACCCAGCAAGCAACACUAAGAGCUCAAACUCCCGGAGUGCAGGUUCUGGCCCAGCACCCACGCGUAGUAAACCCAUUGAUAUCCAAGGCAACCGGCCAAAUAACAGGAGCAACAAUAAUACAGCAGGAAGUUAUGGCAACAGUGGAACGACGCCUAAAGGGCGAGGGGGUUACGAUAAGGCUCGGCGACGGAACGAGGCAUGCUUUGGUGACGCCGCCGACCCCGCCCUCGACGACGACUUUGAUUUUGAGGGAAACCUCGCGCUGUUCGACAAACGCGCACUGUGGGAGCGCAUGCGGCAUGCACACAAGCCGGAUCUGGUUCGGCAGGCAGACGAGGCGGGCGCGAAGCUGAGACACGACGAGAACGUACUAGGCGGGGGCGGGAGCGGUGGCAGCGGGCGGCGCGCCAUCCGCGUGCCCGACGAGUUGCGCGGACCCCUCGACUACGUCACCGACGACGGGAUAGUGGUGCCGUCCGUGGUGCCCGCCCUCAGGAGGCAGAUAUACGACGGACUCGACAGACUGGGCUUGGCGGAAGUGUCGCGUACGUUACUGGCUCGCGCGGCGGGCGACGUGGCGCUCCGGCUAGUGGGCGGGGGGCGGAGACUAGAGCCCAGGAACGCCCAUCAGGCUCCAUAUGCCGUCGCACUCAUAGGUGCCCACGAGUGGGGCGCGGUGGGUGCGCGGUGCCUGCGGCUGCUGAUGUCUCACGGCGCGCGGGGGGCGCUGCACGUGUGCGGGGGCGCGGGGGGCGGCGGCGGGGGCGCGCUGCAGCAGGAGCUAGAUGCGCUCGCGCUGGACGGCGUGCAGCACGUGCCGCUCGAGCAGCUGCCCUCGCCCGACAUCAUACUGCUCGCCCUCUACGACCUGCGCGCCGACCACGAUCAGGAUAGAUACAAGUCGAUGUUGUCGUGGGCGCGGGUGGCGCGCGCGGCGUGCGUGGGUAUAGAGCCGCCGGGCGCGGGGUGGGGGGCGUGGGGUGUCAAUUGUCGCGCGGCAGUCGCGGGCGCGCUGCCACCGGCCGCGGACGCCUCCCUCGGCCGCCUGUACCUCGCCGCGGUGGCGCCGCCCGCCCGUCUGCUGCGGGACCUCCGCCUCGCCUACCGCCCGCCCUUCGGCGCCGCCUCCGUGCUCGCGCUGCAUCCCGCCGACAGACCGGAUGACUGAUGACCGUCUUAGGACAACAACCGUGGAAGUCGUCGUGAAGGGUCACAUUUUUAGGCCGGACCAAAAUCGACGCUCGGUCGUUGUCAGAGGCUAGUGUGAAGAUGAGUGUUCGCAAUUUUUCUUCCAUUUAGUACUUCCUGUGUAGUACGGCCCACUCGGUCAGUUAGUGUUGGUAUAAAAAAAUAAUGGAUCAUCUGACAUUCGAUUGUAUUUUGUUCAAUUUUAUAUUUUAAGUUUUAUAUCGGCCCAAACGAAGAAGCUACACCAGCACAGGGAAUGUUUCCUUGUAAUCAAACGUUAAUCUAUCGUCGACUUUAUUGUGAUCUGUUUUACUUUACAUUGAAAUAUAAGUUCGGAUUAGAGAUGCGCCGAAUAGUGGUUUCACCAAAUUACUGAAUAUUAUACGGUUUAACUUUUACCGGAUUGGGUAUUCAGCCGAGUUAUUCGAUUUACCAUUUAUUGUUUUGCCGCGUAAACCGACUCAAAGUUUAAUGUCGAAUUGAAGUUUAAUAGCUUUUCAUUAGUUGUAUUGAACUCAUUCUUCAUUGAAUUAUAAUUAAAACUAACAUAAAUAUUACAAAGAAGUUUUGUGUUUUUAGUUCUAUACUGUGUUGUGUAAUCUAGAAUAUAGAAACACUCAAACCUAAUAUAUAAGGCACCAAAACCGAAUAAAUCGGCCGAACAUCCGAAGUGAAAAAAAAAAUACCAAACGAAUAUUCGGCGCGUCUCUAGUUCGGAUAGUAUAGGUGAUGAUGUUUCCACGGUAUAUCGAAUUUUUAUUUUAAGAUCCGAUCGAAUGUCGUUUGCUGUGCGCGACGUUUAUUUAUGAACUUCCUAAUAUAAUUCAUAAAUAGUUCGAUCGAUUUCAGAUCGAUUAAAAUAUAUAGAUAUAAGUAUCCCAGAGUAUUUUUCCGGAAAUUUUUACGUCGAACAACCGAUCGCGGCUUAAAUAAAUUGUAUUGAUCGGAACGACCGCGGCCUCGUCCGCCGAUUAUACAUACAAUAUUUUAUUUUGUAUACGAGAAUUUGGACAUAGAUAUGUAAAUGGUUAAUUAUUUUGUAAUAAAAUCUCGAAUCGACUAU